AUAAUUGUAAAAUACUUAUGCUUGCAAUGACACAAAUGAUUGAGAGUCACGACUUUCUUCUAAUUUCCCUAUCACAGGAUGUAAAAUGUUUGGAUCAGAUCCUAGAACACAUUUUACCCAGUGCAGAAAACCUGGGACUGAAAUCCUGGCUUUACCCUCAAAAAAACAUAGGUGAUUGCAAAGAUUAUUAUGCAUCUAAUCAAACCAAACAGGUUUCAUACGUUGGAAUCUUGGAAAUGAUAAUUGAAAAAUUCCAGAUUAUACAUAAUGUUCAACUUUUUGAAUAAACAAAAGGCGAAUAGUGAAAGGAAGAGGAAUAUCCAUUAUCCACCGAGAAUGACUCUUGGAAGAUGCGUUCAAAUGUUUUGGGAAUCAGCUCAAUCAAAAGAAGAUGAUACACCUAUUCCGACGGUAAAUACAUCGACAAUUUUCACCAUCAAUAAAGGAUGUCAAACAGAAGAAAGAAACCCGCAUAAGUGCGAUAGCUGUUCAGAAAUGGACCUUUUCAUAAAGGACAUCAUCAAAUUUUUGUCUGAAAACUUCGAAAAUUCCGCUACCAAAAUUCUAUUGAGCAACAUGAACGCGAAUAUUUUUUCAACAACAAAAUUCGGUGCAACAUUGAAAUUAACAGAUUCGAUAAAACUAGAUUACAAAAAUUUGGUAAAUGCGCUGAAUAACAAAUGCCAAGAAAACAAUCAACUGGAGGAGGACCUGAAGAAACUUAAGAAGAAUAGUUAUGAAGAACAACAAGAGAUAGCGCAAUUAGACAAAAUUAUACAUAAACUGAAUGAAAAUUUAACAGAUGCAAAAAAACUAAUAGAAACACAAAAUGGUAAAAUAAAAAAUAUGAAAGAAGAGGAGAAACGAUUGCAAAAGAGUUGCAACUCUUUUAUUACCAUACGCGAUGAUUUAACAAAUGAAGUAAAAAAGUUGCAGAAGGAACUUUCUGAAAAUAGAAUGAAUGUCGAAUAUAAAGUGAAGGACUAUGAAGAAAAAGUGAGGAAUUACAAUGAACAAGUAGCUGCUUCUCAGGUAACUAAUAAUGCACUCAAAAUGGAUAUGAAUGGGUUGAAGAGCAAAUAUGGAGAAUUAUACUGCAAAUAUUCGAAAAUGUGCCAAAUUAACCAAAAAUUCGAGAAGAAUUUAGAAAAUAUAACCGAUUCGAUCAAAGAUAUCGAUAUUCUGGUGGAAAGGACAGGAAUAUUUGUGAGAAAUACUACAGAUAGAAGCACCUUGUUGGAAGAAAAAAUCAAAUUGCUCAGAAAGAAGUACGAUGAGGAAAAGAUAUACACCGAUACUUUCUAUAAAUUACAUAAAAUCAUUAUAGGUACACUAACGUAUGCAAAAGAAAAUGACAAAACGCAACACAGUGACAUACAAGGCAAUCCAUUAUUAGAUUUCAAAAAGCAGAUCAAAGAAAAUGAAGAUACAAUAAAAAAACUCGAAGACCAAAAUAAAAAGUUUGCAUCGAUUGUGAGAAUAUACCAAAAAAGUUGUAAUAAGCUUUCAUAAAUGAUUCGUUUCAAAGUGUCAACUUUAAUCAUUCAAAAUUCUAAUCUUUUAAUGGAUAUCAAUAUUGGUCGAUUUCAGUGACGGCUUGUAGUCGUUUGAAACGAGACUUCUUGUGAAAAUCAUCUCAUCCUAGGUCUAGGACCUAGGGAAGAUCAAACGAAUAUAGUCGCAGUCGGCACAAGAGAAUUGGCCAGCUAACCAGGAAUCAGCGGAACUCUGCCUCCGUUGGCCUCAUAUAUUCGAAGUUACAUUCGGCGCGUAAGGUACGCUGUCAGCGCAACCAAAUGCAGAAUAGCUUCAGAUAUAUAAACUAAACAUUCGUAGAACCAUUGUUACACAGUAUGUAAUAUCUUUGGUAUGAAGACAAUGGCUCAACCUCCUUUGCUAUGUUUUUCUUACCUCUCUUGAGGAAUUAUUCAUCUUUCUUGUUCACGUAAGAAAAAAUUGAAAGAGAGUGGGAUAAAUAAUGAAAUAGUGACCAUCUUAGUCGGCUUCAAGGGCGCCAAUUUAUUUACAGAAAUGUCAUCAUUUACAAAACUGAUGAAAAUUCAAUUAUUUAACUAUACAUUGGGCGUGUCAGCUGUAAAAUCCAGCACAGCCACAUCAGUCGAAACCAGCUCGAACUGCCCGCUAAAUUAAAAAAAAAACUGAGAAUGAACAAAACAAACACACUUUAGGAGACAAUGAUAAGACGUACCGACCAAACAA